GUUUUCCCAUCAUCUUUUUAUUGAAAUUGACAAACUCCUAUCUAUCCCACUGCCCUACGUCACCAAUCACCGGUUACACAUUGCAGAAUGGCCGACAAGACGCAAAAGCCGCCGCGGAAGCCGUCUCCCGUCAAGAACGGCUACCUUGUUCUCUACAAUGCUGUGUCGGCCAUCUUGUGGCUCACCGUUCUGGGGCGCAUCGUGGGCGUGAAUGCGCUACGCGGCCCACGUCUGGCGUAUCCAGCCGUGGGCGAGUUCUGCAAGUGGACGCAGACACUCGCGGGCAUGGAGGUAUUGCACUCGCUGUUUGGAAUCGUCCGAGCCCCUAUACUCACGACCUUUAUGCAAGUCUUCAGCCGAUACGCGAUCGUAUGGGGAAUCACAGACCUGUUCCCCCAGCUCGGCGCCAGCCCGGCCUACAGCAGCAUGUUGGUAGCGUGGUCGGCCACGGAGGUCAUCCGGUACUCGUACUUCGCCCUGACGCUCUCGGGCUGGCAGCCGUCGGUGCUACAUUGGUUGCGAUAUCACGCCUUCUUCAUACUAUAUCCUCUCGGCAUCUCCAGUGAGGCGUGGCUAAUCUGGCGCGCUGUCGAGCCUGCAAAGAACGUGCAUCCACUCUAUAGCACUGCGCUGUGGGCCUACGUUGUAUUUGUCUAUCCUCCCUCUGCCUACAUUCUAUAUACGCACAUGAUGGCGCAGCGGCGCAAGGUUCUGAAAGCAUCUAACACAAAGGCUACACAAUAAACGCCAACCUCCAUAGACAUGGUUUAUAGGAGUGUGCACAAUGGCUGGGAAUGUCUACCAAUAGCGCAUAUUACUAUUAUGUAAAACGAGGAGUUACUGAGUAUCUACGGUGAGAAAAUCAAAAGAGUCGAAUAGAAUACAAAUGGUAUAUAGACAAACAUGGAAAAGGGGGAAUGAAGUC